GUACAGUCUGACCGACAGGAAACUACCGGUGAGAACCCAAACUCUGGACUCUAGCCCGGUGGACACCGAGACGCAGUGCACGGAAAGUAAACAGAGUAGCAGUUAUGGCGAGCAGCCCUGCGGUGUUGAUGCGACUGGUGGCUUCAUCCUAUGCUGUGGCGGAGCAGGCUGGAUCUGUCGUCAGGAAUGUGCUACAGAGCGGAGAGCUCGGGAUUGUGGAGAAGACAGGAGCCAAUGAUCUACAGACUCUGGCUGACAGGCUUGUUCAGAAGAGUAUAUGUGCAUCUCUGUCGAGAAGCUUCCCUAAAGUCACAAUUAUUGGGGAGGAGGAUUUACCGGUUGAGGCUGUUGAAGAGAACCUGAUAGAGAGCGGGCAGAACAGUGUAAUCCUACAAAAGUCCUGUCCGAAUCAGUAUGCAAGCCUGAAGGAGGAGGAGCUGGUUGUGUGGGUGGACCCUCUUGAUGGCACUAAAGAAUAUACUGAAGCUGCAAGGGUUUUGUACCACCCAGUUUACAUACAGAAGCCAGUGCAUCACCACAGAACCCCUACUCGACUCCUGGACCAUGUGACAGUGCUAAUAGGCAUUGCUUAUGGUGGGAAAGCCAUUGCUGGAGUCAUCAAUCAACCCUUCUACAACUACCAGUUGGGGGCUGGUGCUUCUUUGGGCAGGACAUUAUGGGGAGUAUUGGGUUUGGGCGCAUUUGGGUUCCAACUCCAGGAGGUCCCAGAUGGUAAAAGAAUCAUCACCACCACACGGUCCCAUAGCAAUAAACUAGUUACCGACACAAUCCAAGCUAUGGAGCCUCAUGAUGUCAUCAGAGUGGGAGGAGCUGGGAAUAAGAUUAUCCAGUUAGUGGAAGGAAAGGCCUCUGCUUAUGUCUUCGCCAGUCCGGGCUGUAAGAAGUGGGACACUUGUGCACCUGAGGCAAUUCUGCAUGCAGUUGGAGGUAAACUCACAGACAUGCAUGGUAAUGCAUAUAGAUAUAAUGCAGAUGUGAAGCACAUGAAUUCUGCUGGGGUGCUGGCGACGCUAAGGGAUCAUCAGUAUUAUUUAAGCAGAGUGCCACAGGCUGUACUAGAAGCUCUUUCCUCUGAUUGAAGCAUUACAGGAUUUGGAUUUCUACUCUGAAACUUUGUGCCUUAAUGCAAUGUGUUCUUGCCAUAAAAUGAUGAUUGAUCUAACAAGAAAGAUGAUAUAUAAAUUCCUAAACUUUGUAAUUCUUUUAUUAUUGCUUACAUUUCCCACACUUGAGAUUAAUAAGAGGGAUUUUUGUUUAAUUAUUACAACUACAACAUGUUUUGAUUUGCAUUACAGGAUCAAAUAUAUAUAUAUACUGUAUGUUUUACAUUUAUGUUUCCAUUACUUGAUAUAAUAUAUAAAGCAUAUAAUCAAUAUAACUGUUAACAUGUUCAAUAUUUAUAUAUACUGUACACAUCUUAAUGUCUAUAUAAUGAUGGUUAUAACUGUUGAAACUUUGUUUUGGAUGCAGUUUGUUUUACCCUGACAUUAUACAUAAUAAUGUACGUUUAAAAUAGGUGUCCAUAAUCUGGAUAAUUACAAAGAUCACCAGUGUUGUUUUAAAUACCACGCUAACAAAAAGCUAUCAUGAUUAAAAUUAUUUUUGUCAUUGCAUUGAAAGUUGUAUCAGAAAUGUCUGUACCACCCUGGUGCUGUGAAAUCCUGUAUUUUUUAUGCUACUUGACAGUUCUGUAUCUCAAACCAUAACCAAAACGUUAAAAUACAAAAAAAAAAAAAAAAAAAAGAACUAAUAAAAUGAUGUAUUAAUUGGUGCUUUAAUGAUAGAACCACAUUAUAGAAUGCUUUUUUUUUUAAGA